GAUGUAUGGUAGUUCAUUAAAUUAUGUAAUGAGACAGAAAUUCAAUGAACAAUAAUAACUAAUGCAUUCUGUUUUACAUGAUCAUUAUUCAUGACUCUCCAUCUUGGAUAAUGGAUGAUCAGCAUUUGACUCAGGAUCAUGGUAUUUACAACGUGAGACCCAGGAGGACAAGCUGAAGAGGGAGGCAUCAGCUGGUGAGCUUGAGUUGAAGAUGGAAAAAGAAUUAAAAGAGACAUUAAGACAGGAGAUGAUGAAACAACUAGAGGAGAAACUAGAUGAUAUGACCCAGGAAGUGAGAAGGAAAGACACACAACUGGAUGAUAUGACCCAGGAAGUGAGAAAGAAAGACACACAACUUGAUGAUAUGACCCAGGAAGUGAGAGAGAAAGAGAGACUCCUGGAUGAUAUGACCCAGGAAGUGAGAGAGAAAGAGAGACUCCUGGAUGAUAUGACCCAGGAAGUGAGAGAGAAAGACACACAACUGGAUGAUAUGACCCAGGAAGUGAGAGAGAAAGACACACAACUGGAUGAUAUGACCCAGGAAGUGAGAGAGAAAGACACACAACUGGAUGAUAUGACCCAGGAAGUGAGAGAGAAAGACACACAACUGGAUGAUAUGACCCAGGAAGUGAGAGAGAAAGAGAGACUCCUGGAGGAGAAGAACCAGAUAAUGGAACAGAGGGACAAACUAUUAGAAGAGAAAGAAAACCAACUGGAAGAGAAAGACAAGCAACUAAAGGAUAGAGACAUUCAACUAGAGGCUCUGAGAAAGAACCUGCAGGACAAGAACAGCCAAGUAGAGAACGUCAGAGUCCUACUGCAGGAAAAAGACCUUCAACUAGAGGACAGCAACCACAGACUGGGAGAGAAGGACACACUACUGGGAGAGAGAGACAAACAACUAAAGGAAAGAGACAUUCAACUAGAGGACAGCAACCACAGACUGGGAGAGAAGGACAGACUACUGGGAGAGAGAGACAAACAACUGGAGGGAAAAGAACUUCAACUAGAGGACAGGAACUAUAGACUGGGAGAGAAGGACAGACUACUGGGAGAGAGAGACAAACAACUAAAGGAUAGAGACAUUCAACUAGAGGACAGCAAUCACAGACUGGGAGAGAAGGACAGACUACUGGAAGAGAGAGACAUACUACUAAAGGAUAGAGACCUUCAACUAGAGGACAGCAAUCACAGACUGGGAGAGAAGGACAGACUACUGGGAGAGAGAGACAAACAACUGGAGGGAAAAGAACUUCAACUAGAGGACAGCAAUCACAGACUGGGAGAGAAGGACAGACUACUGGGAGAGAGAGACAAACAUCUGGAAGAGAGAGACAAAGUACUGGAGGGAAAAGAAAACGAACUAAAAGAGAGGAGACAGGAACUAAAAGAGAGGAGACAGGAAGUAGAAGAGAGUAGACAGGAAGUAGAAGAGAAAGACAACCUACUAGAGGAGAGAGAGAACCAGUUAAAGGAAAGAGACAAACAGGUGGAGGAUGUCAACAAUGAAAAUGCUGAACUGGCUCAACAGAUAUGUGAUGUGAAGACUGAGGUAGAGAGACUGAGAAGAGAGAUCUCAGCCCAGAUGACUGAACAUGGAGAGACGUCAGAUACAGGUUCCAUCCUCCCAGUCAGGAGGAGAAACAGCAUCAACCUUCCUCCACUUAUGGGAGGAGAGACCUCAGAUACAGACCCCACACUUCCACUGAGGAGGAGACACAGCAUGGAGUUACCUCAUCCAUAUAUGGGAGGAGAGAGCAGCAGUCCAGACUCCCCAGUGUCUCCCAGUGUGUCUGAGCUGAGACUGGUGCUGCUGGGGAGGACUGGGGCUGGAAGGGGUGCAGCAGGAAACACCAUCCUGGGCAGAGAGGAGUUUGGGGCCCAGGCCAGCCCCUCUGCAGUGACCCAGAGGAGUAAGAGGAGAGAGGGGGAAGUGUGUGGGAGACGGCUGGUGCUGGUGGACACUCCAGACUGGUUCUGUCCUGGACUCUCUCUGGAGGAGAUGAGACAGGAUGUGGGGCUCUGUGUCCGUCUGUCUGCCCCAGGACCCCACGCCUUCCUCCUGGUCAUACCAGUGGAGCCCUCUAAGGGGGAGGAGAGAGGGGUGCUGGAGAGAAUGGAGAUGUUUGGGGAGGGUUGUUGGGAACACACUGUGAUUCUAUUCACCCAUGAUGAUGGACUGAAAGAGCAGAGCAUUGAGGAGUUUCUCCAAGCAGGAAGUCGGGACCUCCAGCAGCUUGUAGAGAAAAGUGGGAGCAGGUACCACGUCCUCAGCAUUAAGGACAGGGCCCAUGGCACUCAGGUAUCAGAGCUGCUGGAUCAGGUAGAGGAGAUGGUGGCAGGAAACAGAGAGAGAUUCUACAGCAGUCAGACCUACAAGGAGGCAGAGGACCAGGUUAGAGAGAUGGAGGGAAACAUCCAGAGAGAGAGAGGAGAGAAGAAACAGAGGAAGGAGAGAGACUUGAGAGAGAGGCUUCAGAAGGAGUUGCAGGACUCUCUGAUAAAGAUAGAGGGAGUGAUCCAGGAACAUGAGGGAGAUAUCAGAACACUCAGUGAAAGAACCAGUGAACUGGAGAGACAGGUGAAAGAAGAGAGGGAUGAGGAGAAGAAAAGAGAGCUGGAGAGGGAGCUGAAGAGGGAGUCUGAUAGGAGGGAGGAGAUGGAGAGAAAGCUGGAGAGAUUUAGAGAGAAGAGAGAGAAUGAGAGGAGGGAGAUGGAGGAGAGACACAGACAGGAGAUGGAGAACUAUGAAGGAGAAGCCAGAGUUGAAGCAGAGAGAAACCUGAUGAAGAUAGUCCUGCCUGAGUUACAGAGGAACAUCAUGAUCUCACAGACAAAGAUGCAGAGGGAGUUCAGCAGACAGAUGGAGGAGAAGAAUAGACAGAUGAAGGAGAAGGAUAGAGAGACGGAGGAGAAGAAUAGACAGAUGAAGGAGAAGGAUAGAGAGAUGGAGGAGAAGGAUAGAGAGAUGGAGGAGAAGGAUAGAGUGAUUGUGGAAAGGGAUGGAGAUAUAGAGGGACUGAUAGAAAGACUGAGGGAAAUGUGUAAAUGAGUUAUUGUAACUAGCCUGAAGAAGUGCUGGGAUACAUGGAGAGGUAGAAGAAGAGAGAGGAAGAAGAGAGGGAGAACUGAUGGAGAUCUGAGGAAUGUUUGGGCAGAUGGAACCUAGUUCACCAUUUCACUGAAUUGGCCUGACAACGAGGUUAGAGAUGAGAUGACUUUUUCAUGGAGGGAUUGGAGAAGCUAGAGAUAAUAACAUGAUAUUUAUCUGACAAUGUAAGAACAACCUGAUAGUCUGUCCUGUGAUGAGUGUCAUGGUGGGAAAACAGGUCAGAAUACUGAUCCUGUCUAGAACAACCUGAUAGUCUGUCCUGUGAUGAGUGUCAUGGUGGGAUAACAGGUCAGAAUACUGAUCCUGUCUAGAACAACCUGAUAGUCUGUCCUGUGAUGAGUGUCAUGGUGGGAAAACAGGUCAGAAUACUGAUUCUGUCUAGAACAACCUGAUAGUCUGUCCUGUGAUGAGUGUCAUGGUGGGAAAACAGGUCAGAAUACUGAUCCUGUCUAGAACAACCUGAUAGUCUGUCCUGUGAUGAGUGUCAUGGUGGGAGAACAGGUCAGAAUACUGUCUGAUCCUGUCUAGAACAACCUGAUAGUCUGUCCUGUGAUGAGUGUCAUGGUGGGAAAACAGGUCAGAAUACUGAUCCUGUCUAGGUCAAAAUCUGUACUUCUGCCCCUGAGGAAGGCAGUUAACCGAAUGAUCUCCGGGCGCCGAAGACGCGGAUGUCGAUUAUUUAAUGUUGAGGAGAGUGAGAGGUCAACAGAUGUCACGCCCUGACCUUAGUUAUCUUUGUUUUCUUUAUUAUUUUGGUUAGUUCAGGGUGUGACAAGGGGUGGUUUGUUGUGUUUUUGUCCUGUCUAGGGCUUUUGUCCUGUCUAUGGUUUUUGUCCUGUCUAGGGGUUUUGUCCUGUCUAGGGUUUUUGUCCUGUCUAGGGUUUUAGUCCUGUCUAGGGUUUUUGUCCUGUCUAGGGUAUUUGUCCUGUCUAGGGUAUUUGUCCUGUCUAGGGCUUUUGUCCUGUCUAGGGUUUUUGUCCUGUCUAGGGUUUUUGUCCUGUCUAGGGUAUUUGUCCUGUCUAUGGGUUUUUGUCCUGUCUAGGGUUUUUGUCCUGUCUAGGGUUUUUGUCCUGUCUAGGGUUUUAGUCCUGUCUAGGGAUUUUGUCCUGUCUAGGGUUUUUGUCCUGUCUAGGGUUUUAGUCCUGUCUAGGGUUUUAGUCCUGUCUAGGGUUUUUGUCCUGUCUAGGGUUUUUGUCCUGUCCAGGGUUUUUGUCCUGUCUAGGGUUUUUGUCCUGUCUAGGGUUUUUGUCCUGUCUAGGGUUUUAGUCCUGUCUAGGGUUUUAGUCCUGUCUAGGGUUUUAGUACUGUCUAGGGUUUUAGUACUGUCUAGGGUUUUUGUCCUGUCUAGGGUUUUUGUCCUGUCUAGGGUUUUUGUCCUGUCUAGGGUUUUAGUCCUGUCUAGGGUUUUUGUCCUGUCUAGGGAUUUUGUAUGUUUAUGGGGUUGUUUACUAGUCUAGGUGUUUUGUAUGUCUAUGGUUGCCUAGAUUGGUUCUCAAUUAGAGGCAGCUGUUUAUCGUUGUCUCUGACUGGGAACCAUAUUUAGGAAGCCAUAUUCCGUGGGUAAUCUGUGGGUGAUUGUCUAUGUGAUGUUGCAUGUUUGCCCUCAGUGUUGUUAGUGGUCAUGUUGUUGGUUUGUUUAGUGUACUUCGUGUUAAUUCGUCUUACAUUAAAAAUAUAUCUUCACAUCACGCUGUGCUUUGGUCUCCUCACUACGAUGAUGGUGACAACAGACCAGACUCCACAUGGUUUCUAACCCCAGACUCUGAAGUGAUUGUACAGACAUGUGGAAUAUAAAUGAGGUCAUUGAGACCGAGACUAAAAGUCAACAUUGUCACUA